CCUCAGCAAGCCCGUGCCAAAGCUCGCAGCGACUUCGUCAAGUCUCGCCUCCGGAAGCUCCUCGACGAUUGACCCUCCCGACCCGCCGGCCGCGGCCUCCCCCACCCACAAGUGACGAUUUCUCUCUUCCCGGUGAUUCAUUGCAAAAGGACAGAAAGUGACUGUUAGUAUAGGGUCCAUGGAUUCUCCAACACAUAACACAUCAUUGCAGCAGCUUCAAAAUGUUGAGAAGAGAAUUAUGAAGGUUUUGGAGCUAGCCGGUGAAGUGAUGGCCGAACUAGCUAAUCCUGCUGGUCCCAGAAAGGAAUUUAUCAACAACCAUUGCCGUGAAUUCAUGCAACUGAUCAAGGACAUCCAAGUAACAUUGAGACAUGAAAUUAAAAGUGCAUGUGAAUACCGCCCACUUGAGAAGUCCGAUUACAGUUCUCGAAUGGCUGAUGAGAUUUGUCUCAAGAAGCUGAAAUACAUCAUUUCUCAGCUGGAUGGAAUUAAAAAAACGAUUUAAUAACACGAUAGUAAAGCUGGACCGCCAAAAGUUCAGCCAAUUUAGAAAAGCACGAGAUUAGGGUAUACUGGUAGACUGUAGUUUGUGAAGAUCCACUUAGGGAAAUUAUUGUGGGUUAUCCAUUUUUUUUCAGAUGAGGAGCACUUUUUUUUUUUUGCUAAAACUUCAGAUCAGGAGCACUUAAAGUACGAGAUGGUAGUUCUACUAUGUUUAUGGAUGAUGCUUUGGUUUGGCCUUUGCUUUUUGAUCUGUGUAAGUUGGAUAUUCCUUACUUGUCAUGCAGCCAAGUCUUAGUGCACUUGGAAGACUAACUUCUGAGCACAAA